GAAUACACAUCAAAAUAUAGUAUAUAAUACACCUCAACACCGGUGAAUUCAUUGUUUGGUGUGUAGUAAAUGCUAUCUAAGCUGAGUAUCCAAAAAUGUUGAAACUUUUGAGACGAAGCGUUAAAAUAAUAGAAUUUAUUAGCAUUGGUCCGACAACCAGAAAGGCUCGAAUGAGACUAGCUGGAACGUUUAUCAUUGGCACCGGAAUCACCACGUACAUGUCGUUACCAUCUGUAUCCGCAGCCAAGAAAUUCAAUUCGUCUCUUUACCUGGCCGAACCAAUUACCGAUGUCAAUCACAUUCUUGCCAAUGAAUCGGACAUGAAAACUCGCAUGGAACUGUUUGUAAUGAAAAUUCAAGCAGAUUUCGUACGUGCACUGGAAAAUGAGGAAAAUUUCGAGAGAAAAUUCGAAAUCGAUCGAUGGCAGCGAAAAGAGGGAGGCGGUGGCAUUACGUGCGUCCUGCAAGACGGCGAUGUUUUUGAAAAAGCUGGUGUGAAUAUAUCUGUUGUGUCGGGUGUAUUGCCACCGGGUGCUAUUCAACAAAUGCGAUCGAGAGGAAAGAAUUUCGCUGAAGGGACGUUACAAUUUUUUGCGGCCGGUGUCAGUGCUGUUAUUCAUCCGAGAAAUCCGAUGGUGCCAACAAUUCACUUCAACUAUCGAUAUUUUGAAGUGGUUGACAAUAAGGGAGAGAAGCAGUGGUGGUUUGGCGGUGGAACCGAUCUUACACCAUAUUAUCUGAAUGAAGACGAUGCCAUCCAUUUCCACAAGUCAUUAAAAGCAGCAUGCGACGAGCACGACGAAACCUACUACGGCAAGUUCAAGAAAUGGUGCGACGAAUAUUUCAAAAUCACACAUCGAGGCGAGUGUCGUGGCGUUGGCGGAAUUUUCUUCGACGACAUUGACACACCGUCGCAAAAUGAAGCCUUCGAUUUCAUUUCGUCAUGUGCAAAUGCAGUCAUUCCGUCAUACGUACCAUUGGUGCGAAAGCACAAAAACGACACGUAUGGCACCAAGCAACGUGAAUGGCAAUUGCUCAGACGCGGCCGUUAUGUCGAAUUUAAUCUGAUUUAUGAUCGAGGAACGAAAUUCGGUCUCUAUACUCCCGGAGCACGAUUCGAAAGUAUUUUGAUGUCAUUGCCUCUGUUAGCGCGCUGGGAGUACAUGCACGAACCAUCUGUCGACAGUCCGGAAGGAAAACUGAUGGAAGUUUUGAGAAAGCCCAGAGAUUGGCUCGGUUUGGAGGAGAUCAAGAAAUAACCCAAUGAAUUGUUGCGUAAAGUUUACACAUUUUUAUUGUUGAAUAAAGCGUUGGUUUUUUGUACAGAG